AUGAGUCGUUUUACCAAAACAAGCACGCGAACCGUCACCUUACCGGAUGAUCGCAUUCUAAGCUUCGGUCUGUUUGGCGCCGGAGCCGAGGACCUUCCGUCUUCAGACGUCCCAGGCCAGAAUCACCCAGUCAUCUUCUACUUCCACGGCUUCCCCAGCAGCCACGACGAGGGUUUCGUAUUCCACCAAGCCGCCCUUAAAAACGGCAUCCAAAUCAUCGCCCUCGAUCGCCCGGGCCACGCCGAAGCAACGUUCCAGCCCAACAGGCGCAUCACCGACUGGCCGGCCGAUGUCCUCGCCGUCGCCGACCACUUGAAUAUCGAAGAGUUUGGCGUGUUGGGUUUCUCGGGCGGUUCUCCGUACGUCUUCGCAUGCUGGAAGUCGAUCCCCCGCGAUCGACUGGUCGCCGCCGGCAUCUGCUCCGGUUUGUACCCGCCGUCCCUCGGGCUCGGUGGCAUGCUGGUCCAAGGCCGUGCCAUACUGACCCUUGGCCCGUGGCUCCCGGGAGUCGUGGCUUGGGGCAUGGAGUGGAUGUUUCUCAAGGCUGCUCGGGACGAUGAGCACCCUGAAGAGCUUGAACGGAUCAUUCUGGAAGACCUCAAAUCCCGUCCGGCGGUUGAUCGUGCCGUUCUGGAUCCAGACGCAAACGGGAUACGGUCUGCCAUGAUUUCGAGCGUCCGCGAUGCCAUCAGACCCGGGGGCAAGGGGCCGGCACAUGAUGUGAAGUUGGCGGGCAGUCAUUGGGGCUUCGAGCUGGAGGAUCUGGAUGUCAGCGAAGGCAUGGUCUGGUGGCAUGGCGCGGAGGAUAUCAACGUACCCGUGACCAUGGCAAAGAAGGCGUCCAAGAUCGUUCCGGGUGCCGAGUUGAGGCUCGUCGAAGGCGAAGGCCACAUUAGCAUUGCUGCGCACAAGUCCGACGAGAUCAUGUCAACAUUGGGGAGUUUGUUGUCCAGGAAGUAA